UGUUAGGAUAAGGUCUCCAACGGAGGCUUCACCCCCCCAAAUCACUGUCAGCGAUGGGGACUUGGGCGCUGGCCUUCUUCCCAGGCUUGCACUUAUCUCUGGGUAUCUGGGUGAUGAUAGCCACGCAUACCCUCCAAAAUGCCCAGGCGAGGAUAACUUGCGCAUCUUGCACGGUGCCAGUGCAACUUCACCGGGAGGAAUUACAGCUGGGGAUGCGCACUGACCCGACCGAGGAGCCGGACACUCUAAAAAACAUCCGAGUAGAGUUUAAGGAACUCGACCAAAAUACUGGAGUAGACGACGAGCAGGAGACAGCCGUUUCUGUCGAGGUUGUCCCGCCUCAAGAUGUGGAUGGAGUUAGUACAACAGAACCAGGGUCCAAUGAAGAAAGUCACAGUGGCAGUGAUAAGGCAGGGGAGCCCCAGAAGGGCGAGGAUAUCGCGCUCCGGAGAGCGAAGAGAAGUGGUCCUGAGUUUGCCGAGUUCAGUGAGAGCGGGCGGGCCGGUGUGGACGCCGGAGCUCCGGAGAACCGGGGCUCGUUGUUUGACGGACACAAGCAAUUGAAGUCCGAUUUCAGAUGGAACAGGCAGGAAGGGAGAGGGAAUAACCGGCAGGAUGAGCCCAAGAUCAUCAGCAGCACUUUCUCUCUGACGGGGGACUCUGCGCACAACCACGCCGUGGUGUACUGGUCAGGGCAAAACAGCAGCGUGAUCCUGAUUCUCACCAAGCUGUACGACUUUCAUAUUGGCAGCGUCACUGAGAGCACUCUUUGGAGAUCUACUGACUACGGCUCAACAUACGACAGAAUGAACGACAAAGUGGGAACCAAAACUGUCCUGAGUUACCUGUACGUCUGUCCAACUAACAAGAGAAAGAUUAUGGUGUUGACAGAUCCAGAGUUUGAAAGCAGCAUGCUCAUCAGCUCUGACGAGGGAGCCAGUUUCCAGAAGUACCGCCUCACAUUCUACAUCCUGAGCCUUUUAUUCCACCACACAGAAGAAGACUGGGCCUUAGCCUACAGCCACGACCAAAAGUUGUACAGCUCGGUGGACUUUGGAAGAAAGUGGCAGCUCAUUCACGAACGUGUCACGCCGAGCCGAUUCUACUGGUCUGUUUCCGGCCUUGACAAAGAGCCAGAUCUGGUCCACAUGGAGGCUCAUACGCCGGAUGGAAAUGUGCAGUAUGUCACGUGCAGAGCUCAGACGUGCACAGAAGCUAACAGGAACUACCCGUUCCCUGGAUACAUCGACAUCAGCUCCCUGGUGGUUCAGGAUGACUACAUAUUCAUACAGGUUCCUACAUCAGGACGAGCCACAUAUUAUGUGUCCUACAAGAGAGACCUUUUUAUACAAAUCAAACUCCCCAAAUACUCCCUGCCUAAGGAUUUACACAUUGUCAGCAGUGAUGAGAAGCAGGUAUUUGCGGCCGUGCAGGAGUGGAACCAGAACGACACCUAUAACCUCUACUUGUCCGACACCAGAGGGAUCUACUUCACCUUGGCCUUGGAAAAUGUCAAGACCACUAGGGGCAUCGGUGGGAACCAGAUGCUGGAUCUGUACGAGGUUGCAGGGAUUAAAGGGAUGUUGAUUGCUAACAAGAGGCAAGACAACCAGGUGAAGACCUUCAUGACCUACAACAAGGGCCGGGACUGGAGGCUCCUGCAGGCUCCUGCCACUGACCUGGAUGGAAACGACAUUCACUGCAUACUGCCUUUCUGUUCACUCAAUCUACAGCUGCAAACGUCAGAGAACCCUUACCUGUCAGGAACAAUCUCCACCAAGAGUUCUGCACCGGGGGUUAUAGUCGCCACAGGGAAUAUUGGAGCAGAGCUGUCUUACAACAACGUGGGCAUGUUCAUAUCGUCUGAUGCUGGCAAUAGCUGGAGACAGAUUUUUGAAGAGGAGCACAACGUGUGGUUUCUGGACAAAGGAGGGGCCCUCGUUGCGGUCAAGCAGCCAUCUGUGCCUACCAAACACUUGUGGGUCAGCUUUGAUGAGGGGAGGCAGUGGACCCAACACAGCUUCUCCGCAGUGCCUCUGUUCGUGGAUGGAGUCUUGGUGGAGGCUGGGGCCGAAAACCAAAUAAUGACCUUUUUUGGACACUUCAGCCACCGUUCUGAAUGGCAGCUCAUCAAGAUAGACUACAAGUCCAUCUUCAGCAGGCAAUGUACAGAGGAAGACUAUCAAACCUGGCACCUGCACAAUGAGGGCGAGCCAUGCGUGAUGGGACAGAAACAGAUUUACAUGAAGCGCAGGCCUGGGAACUACUGCAUGCUGGGAAAGGACUACUCAAGAAUCCUUUCGGCAGAGUCCUGUAUUUGUCGCGCUCAUGAUUUUGAAUGUGAUUAUGGAUAUGAGCGCCGUGGAGACGGGAACUGCCGGCCUGCCUUCUGGUUCAACCCCUCCACCGUGUCCAGGAGCUGCAGCCAGGGUCAGAACUACUUCAACAGCACCGGGUACCGUAAAGUGGUGUUGAACAACUGCACCAAAGGAGUUAAAGAGAUGUACACGGCCAGGAAGCAGCAGUGCCCCAACAGACCUCCCAAAGGACUCUUGGUAACCAGCAGAGACGGAAAACUCACCGCCAACCUGGGAAGCAACGUCACCUUCCUGGUCCACCUGGAUGAGGGUGACUCUAUUCGCACCAACAUCCAGCUGGAUUUCGGCGAUGGCACAGCAGUGUCAUACUCCAACCUGAGCUGGACUGAGGAGGGGAUCAAACACGUCUACAAGUCAGCGGGAAUAUUCCGUGUCACAGCUCUGGCAGAGAACACGCUGGGUUACGACACCACAACCCUCUACCUGCAUGUCAUAUGUCCAGUGGAGCACAUCCAUCUUCUCACUCCCUUUGUAGUCAUAAAGAACAAGGAGGUGAACAUCACAGCAGUGGCCCUGCCCAGCCACUCACGCACUGUUACUUACUUCUGGUGGUUUGGCAACAAUACUGAGCCUGUGAUAACAUUGGACGGGAGUAUCUCACACACCUUCCCGAACGACGGGAUGCACACCAUCACAGUCCAGGUGGCUGCAGCCAACACCAUCCUGCAGGAUACCAAGACCAUAGCAGUGCAAGAAUUCUUCAAAUCUCUACUUUUAUCAUUCUCCCCUAAUCUGGAUGAGUUCAACCCAGACAUACCCGAGUGGAGACAGGAUGUGGGGAGAGUAAUUAAGAAGGCUUUGCUCCAAGUGUCGGACUUCCCAGAGGAGCAGCUCCUGGUAGCCGUGUUCCCAGGAGUCCCAACAGCUGCCGAGCUCUUCCUGUUACCCCACAAGAACCAAUCAGAGGGCAAGAAAAAGAGUGAGGAGGUGCUAGAGCAGGUAUCCGAUGUAAUUGUAACCGCGCUGAACCAGAACUUGGUGGAGUUCGAGCUGAAGCCUGGUGUAAGGGUGAUUGUGUACAACACACAGUUAACACUUGCACCCUUGGUGGACUCCAGCCCCAGACACAGCAGCUCGGCCAUGCUGAUGCUCCUAUCAGUGGUGUUCCUGGGUCUAGCAGUGUUCCUCAUCUACAAAUUCAAGAGAAAAAUACCUUGGAUCAACAUAUACGCUGAGGUGAACCAGGAGAAGGAGCAGGAGAUGAUUGGCUCGGUCGGCCAGGGCGACAGCACGCCUAAAAUCACUCUGAGUGAGUUCUCCGCAUCCAAAGAACUCAUGGAGAAAGAACUGGAUGCCAGGAUCAAAAGGGGAGUUGGAAACGCCUGCGAGAGCACAAGGGAGAUUCCCAACUGUACUAGCGUGUAAAGCUGGAGAGCGACAGUUUAUGUACAGCCAAGUGUUACAGUGUCGGGGUUCUCUUUUUCUGUUUUGUAAUUCUCAACACAACUGAUGUUAAUAGUUUUCUAAGGGACCUCAUUUAUACUGACUUGCACGGAUGCCUCAUUCAGCAACAUCCACGCAGAAAAAUGUCAAUUUACUCGAUGAGAUCAGUGUCGUAACUGGCAUAUACAGUUGUUUGGAUAAGCUACAUUCAUUCACAGAGUGAAAUACCUUUGUCCACACCUGUGAAGAGUUCUGUACAUUUCAUAAGGAGUUUGCUUUGAGAAUAAUUUCUGCCUAUAUAUAGACUAUAAUGUCUGAGUCUUCAAUCUAACAGGGAAUAUUAUUGAAAUGUACAAUAUUAUCAUAUGUUCUGUUAAAUGUAUAUAUUAUUACUUUCUACCUGCUCGUAGUCUAAGUACCAUGGACAACAGAGGAUCUGGUCUGUUUUUGAAAGUGUGUUAAAACAUUACUUAAAGAAAUCAACUUUG